AUGUCGAAAUUCUUCCACUCAGGAACCCAUACCUUUAGUGUUCCAGCAAAAGAGUUGGUAUUUGAAUAUGUCGUGCAUCGUCCAUCUACCGACAAGGAAGAUUCACAGAAUCUUAUUGUUGUUCAAUGCCCUGGCUGGGGAUUAGGAUCUCAAUAUCUUCAAAAUGGAGUGCAAGAGUUAUGGAGACUCGAAGACCACACCGAUAGCGCACACAUUAGCGGCUAUACUGUCGUCUUCUUCCAUUCUCGCGGAACGGACGGAUCAUCGAGACCACUCAGAUCUCAGAUGAGCAGUAUGCCCGAUCUUGCCUCCGACUUGGAGGAUCUCCGACAACACCUGAAUCUGGAGCGAUAUCCGGUUUUACUCGGCCACUCGAACGGCGGAGCAAUUGCGCUGGGGUAUGCAGAGAUGUAUCCUAGUCGCGUUGGCAAGCUCAUUCUCCUCGAUCACCAACUAGUAGGAUUUCAGGAUAAGAGAUUGUUGCAAUUCGAAGCGACGCGCAUAGAUCCUCGAUACCAGGAUGCUUGGGACAGUAUGCUGGAUCGGAAAAUUGGUUCCGACGAAGAAUUUACGGAGUCAGUGCGAGGCAUGUGGGAUUUGUACUUCUUUGAUCCUCAGCAGUACGUACCAGAGCUACUGCGUGAUAUUGGUGAUCGCAAACUGUCAGUUUGGUGCUACCAAGCUCAGGGUCGGUGUGACAGGGAAUUGCAGAAUUCAAUGCAAAUGGUGGAGAGGCUUGGUGAUGUACAGGCAGAUACACUUGUGAUAUUCGGCCGUGAAGAUAUGAUCUGUGGAACAGGGAUUGCGGAACGGACGGUGAAAGACAUUCGAAAUGCCCGACUGAUUACCUAUGGCGAAUGUGGACAUUUCCCUUGGAUUGAGAAAAGGGAACAGACGAUAUUGGAUAUCCGUAAAUUUAUUCACAAGGGAGACUAG